UCUUCGUUCACCUCCCUGGGGGAAUCUCUGGUGAACGCUUCAUUCCUUUAUACCUUUCAUUUUUCCAUUCUUCAGUCCUGUCCGGGACUCCCUUCAUUACACUCCUAUUUCCCUUCUCCUGGCGCGUCCUGGUUGUCCGCCCUGAUCUACUGUGUGUCACUGCAGCAGAUUUCUUAUCCCUUGAGUCGUAAAACACUCGAAAGGGAAAAAUUCCGAAAACAAAUUAAAAAUAAAACAGUUCUCGCCUCCUAGUCGAUUGAGGGUCUAGAUUCCCCAUCCAUUCGAGUUUCUUAUUUUACCCUUUGCUGUGCAAGGGAAAUAAAAGAACCAGGAAAUAAGAAAGAAAAAAAACAUACGGCUAUCUGGAUCUGUACGACUAGUUCGAUCCUCCAACUUCGCGAUAUUUCGAGAUAUACGUCCACCUCAUCUGUCUGAUACCGGUCAUUCCAAUCACAUACCGAUCUUCCAUUCCUUCUGUGACACCACCACCGCGAUCAACUGCCGCACAUUCUUUGUCUUCUCACCAAAGAUCAGCACUGGCGCAAACGAUCACUUGUUAAAAAUAGGCCGAGAGGAAGAAGGCGUCCGACGCUUGGUAUUCAAAAGCACGAAUACAGAAAGACAGAUAUAUUUUCGACGCUGGUCGACCGUUUAAGCUCCCGCAACUACCUAUCGGAUUUCUGUUGAACCGUUGAUCGACUACCCAGAAAUUCACCCAUUUACCCACCAUCAUGUCGACCUUGACUCGAGCGUUCACCAAGCGCAACAAGCGCCCCGAGGUCUCCGCCCCGAUGCCCUACCGCGAGAACCAGACCAAGUUCUCAGCCGGCACGAUCAAGCGCGGAAAGAUAUCGGGCCCUAUGGAGUUGUUGUCGACAACCAACAUGCUGGCCUACAACGCCCCCAACCUGCCGUCCGCUGGAUCAUCCUCGACCUCGUCGUUGCAGUCGCCGGACGACUCCGAACUGUCCUUUGCACACCAGAGUUUUGGGUCCCCGGUCACCACCCCCGACGACUCGCCUGUCGACGCCAACCCGCUCUCCGCGUAUUUCCCCAAGCGGUCGGCCACAGUGACCAGUCACCCCCGCUCCUCUACCUCGACCGCGUCCUCCACCGAAGCCCCGCUGGUCCCCAAGCGCGCGCUGUCGCACACGAAGCGCUCCCAUCAGGAGCUCGCCCGCCACCGCUCGCUGUCCCGGCUGUCACCGCCCCCACUGAGCUCGACCCGCAGCAAUCCCCAAAUGCGACCCUCGCAGGAUUACAAGCCGGAACCCCACCCGUUCGGAAAGGAGCUGGAGCAGGUCAACGAGGUGGCCGAGGAGUUCGGGGGCCCCCGCAUUUUCGACGAGGAGGAGAUGAUCUUGUACAACAAGGGCCUGAAGAAGUUCACCGUCGAUGACUACCUCGUGGAGAUCCAAGACCUGUACGGCAGCAUCUUCGACGAUCAAUUAGGCCCGAUCGGCGCGGGCCCAUGGUUAUGAGUAUCUUCCCGCUCGGCGGAUAAUUGACGCGCUACGGAACAUUUUCAUUCGACUCCGCCGGAAAUACCGGAAAUGUGGAGCGGAGCUUUCCCUUCUCUCUCUCGUUUUUUAUUUUUUAUUCGUUUAUCUUUUAGCCCAUUGCGCUGACGCUGGCCAUGACCCACCCUCUUCCUUCGUUUGAUGCCUGUUUUUUGAACCUUGUUUGCUAUUGUUUUCACCAGUUAGAUACCAGGGGAGGACGUUUGUUUCCCUAUGUUAUGAUUCAGUGAUGUUAAAUUCGGCUUGUAUGUGACCGCUCCUCGAUGGGCGUGGGACUUGCGACGGAUCUGCGAUGUGAUGGGGUGCCUUUUGGCUCCUCAGGAGUAUACUGGGAGUUUGAUUUAGUUUAUCUGGUAGUCUGGUGAAUUGUGAAUCGAAUAUUUGAUAUGAUUAGGAACUCGA